GGAAGAGAAAGGUCCAGGACAAAGCUCUCUGGGAGAUCGGGUCCCAGAGAAGAAGCUCAGUGUAGGACGCCCAACAGCGAAAUCAAGAGCAUUGCCCCACCCAGCCACAAACUCAGGCUGAAGACCAGGAUUUAAGGAUCAUUAGAGAUGGAUCUAGGUCCAGGCUGGGUUCACUGUGGUCCUUGUUGGCCCUCAGACUUGUCGGACUCCCUGGUGGUGUGUGAAGUGGACCCGGAGUUAAAGGAAAAGCUGAGGAAAUUCCGCUUCCGAAAAGAGACCGACAAUGCAGCCAUCAUAAUGAAAGUGGACAAAGACCGGCAGAUGGUGGUGCUGGAGGAAGAAUUCCAGAACAUUUCUCCAGAGGAACUUAGAUCUGAGUUGCCAGAGAGACAACCCAGGUUCGUGGUUUACAGCUACAAGUACGUGCAUGCCGAUGGCAGGGUGUCUUACCCUCUGUGCUUCAUCUUCUCCAGCCCCGUGGGCUGCAAGCCUGAGCAACAGAUGAUGUACGCGGGGAGCAAAAACAGACUGGUGCAGACGGCGGAGCUUACGAAGGUGUUUGAAAUCCGCACCACAGAGGACCUCACGGAGUCCUGGCUUCAAGAAAAGUUAGCUUUCUUUCGUUGACCUUUGAGCCAGGGAUAUGGAAUCUUCACGCUUGAAUACUCAGACUCCUUGGCUGAUGAACAUCCAAGAGCUAAAUAAACGUUAAAAAAUCAGGAA